CGCAAAUGGGUUCCAUUGAUGGAAGCCCAGAACGGUUCCAUGUCCAACGUCGCCGAGUAUCCAUGAUGGCUAUUCUGUGAAGUUUGAUGAUUAACGACUCCUCUCGCAAUGAGUUGACGAGCCCUACACUGAGCAUUUGCAUUACAGUUCUCUCAAAAAGUUAUUCGGUUGGGCAUAUUGCCUUGCAAAAGAGCCUCGGGCUCCUUUUCUUCUUCUUUUUGAAAAUUGGCGUGCAUUGGUGUCUUUUUGCAACACGAAAAUUGCCGGCGGAUUGAUUUUGUUUCUGCGGAGAGGCUGCUUUUGGGUUGGAUUGGAAGGGAGGAUUAUGGGAUGACGACGCCAAAUCAUACAUAAAAUGCAAUCGCGCGAGCAUAUCUUUUGUGGUCGUGCUAUUCCCACUGGAAACACCGGACGUACAGGCAUGCGCGGAGCACUCCUAACAGACGGUCUCACUUUGACGGAGUUUGGAGAUGGAUGUCGAUUGCAAGACUGCCCCCUGAAGGAGAUGGCUCACUCCAGCUGCCUCCUUUGAAGCGUCUCGCGUAAGUACCCUUGGGCAUGAAGGAGGAAUAUUAAGCGGGGUGUAGAAAACGGAAAGGAACUGGCGGAACGGAACAUUGGUAUUAAAAAGAAAAUUGCCCCCUGAUUGGAGGCAUAUAUGAUGAACGCUUUGAUG